UACUACCCAAUCUGAAGAGGCAAAGUGGAAUUUAAGCAUUUCUUCCUUUGAAAUAAACAAACAAAACCACCCUGUUCUGCCUCUCUGUCCAACCACACAUCGUAUAAAAUUCCCUCACACUCCUUACUUUCUGUGUCUCAAAUUCUCAUCCAAACCUCUCACUUUCUUUACUCUGUUUUCAUGCUUCCGAGUGUAGAAACCGAUUCAGUGUCCCCUGUUUCUGCACUUACACUGUUGUCAGCUUUCAGAUACAUAGUUUCUCUUGCACCAAUAGACGAGCUUCCAUUCCCCUACGAGUGAGAAACACAAGCUAUUUCAUUUUCUUAUCAAAUAACCAACAAAAAAUGGAUUCCUUCAGUUUCAACAACCUCCAAGCAGGGAGAGCCAACGCAAUCCUUAAACACGACAAGCUUCGAAGGAUCACGAGCUUGUUACGGAUCAUUGAGGUGUGUGUUCUUGUGGUCUUGGUCUCAAGAUUCUCUAUGAAGCUUCCAGGUUCAGUGAGGAACACUAGCGAGUACUUAAGAGAGUUCUCACUCUUCAUGAAUAGCCCUCGCUUUGUUUUUCUGAUCGGAAACGCCAUAAUCAUCACGCUGUUUGCGCAGUAUGGUCAAUUCUCAGCUCAGGGUUCUGCAGAAAACGUUGUUCAAACAGAACCUGAUCUGUACCAGGAGUUUCUGCAGAAAAGCACAACAAAGUACCGAGAAAAACAGAGCAUAAGAACAGAGGAGGACAUUGAAAAUAGGAUAAUCAAUGGAGAAAUUGAGAAGUCCCCAGAGAAUAAUGAAAAUUUUUCAAGCAUAGGGGAAUCUGGUUAUACCAUGAUCAAUGGAGAAAUCAAUAAAUUCCUAGAAAAUAACGAAAUCUGUGAAAGCACAGUGGAAACUGGCUAUGGUAUGAAGAACCAGAGGAUAAGAACAGAGGAUGGAGUCGAGAGUCAGAGAAUCAAUGGAGAAAUCGAGAAUUACCCAGAAAACAAAGAAAUAUUUCCAAGAACAGUGGAAACUGGUUAUAUCAUAAAGAGUGGGAAAUUUGAUGAAGGGAAGAUCAAAUGGUCAGAGAAACAGAGAACCAAAACAGAGGAGGCCAAUUUUGGUUUGAAGGUGAAGAAGGAUUAUAGAAGGUGUGAGACAGAGGUUCUAAGCAAACCACAUCAUGUGCUACGAAGGUGUGAGACUGAGAAUGGAAGGAAAAGCAUUGAAGCUUCUCCUGCUGAGGAUGAAAUGAGCAACGAGGAGUUUCGUCGCAUUGUAGAGGCUUUCAUUGCCAAGGAACAGAGGAUCCGCAGAGAAGAAGCUUCUCUAUUAGUUUAAGAAGCAGUAUGUGAAUAAAACAAGUAAAUAAAGUACUAAAUAAGAGUGUAUGUAUAUGGUUCUGAAUGGUUGGAGUACUUAGUGUCAUGGUAAUGUUGUAUCUUCAAUUUGUAAUAUAAGUUGCUAUUGCAAGUUUAGGUUCA